AAAAGGGCCCCGCGGCGCCGCGCCGCGCUCCCGCCCCGCGGCCCCUCGGCACGGCUGCGGCGGCUCCGCGGGGACGGCCGGGAGGUCCGGACCCGAUGCGGGCUCUGCGCGCUGGCGUGGGAGGCAGCCCCCGGUGGAUCGCGGUCGCCCGCCAUGCCCUGGAGCGUCCGUUGGGUCAGCGGCCGCGGGGCCGAGUCCCAGAAGCAGUGCAAGAAAUCCUCCUUCGCCUUCUACCAGGCGGUGAGGGACCUGCUGCCUGUCUGGUUCCUGGAGGACAUGCGGACCACGGAGGUCUUUCACUGGGAGGACGGGGGCAAGGUGAGCGUGUACUCGCCCUCGGAGGCCCUGCUCUACGCGCUGGUGCACGACCACCAGCCCUACGCCCGGCACCUGCUGGCUAAGUUCCCGCAGAGCGCCCUGGCCGUGCCCAGCCAGAGCUUCAGCUGCUGCCAGUCCUCGGCCCCGCACCUGGCCAUGGCCGUGCGCUACAACCGGGUCCGCAUCCUCUUCCGAAUCCUCAAGGCCAUCCAAGCCUUCCCACCCAGUGACAGAGCCAGCCACCUGGACCGCCGGGGCUGCAGCCGCGUGGAGGGCGGCAAGACGGCCUUGCAUGUGGCCUGCGAACUGGUGCGGCCCGAGUGCCUGCUGCUGCUGCUGGGGCACGGCGCCUCGCCCUGCCCGCGGGACGGCGCGGGCAGCACCCCGCUCGACACCCUGCUGCAGCAGAUCUCCCACGCCCCGGCAGCCAACAUGCGUGCCAAGCUCCUCUGCCUCGACUGCCUCUUCUUCUUCGUGCCUCAGGGCCUCCAGUUCGCAAUGAAGCAGCAACUGUUGGACAACCGGCAGCGGUGGCAGGACCUCCUGGGGGAGAACAGGUUCCAGUGCCUGGUGGGCUUGGCUCCCCCGUCUCUGUUCGUCGGAGCCAUGCGGGUCUUGAUCAGGACCAUUUCACCUGAGCAUUUCCCAGAGGCUCUGGAUGAUCUGCCUCUGCCUCAUUUUCUAAAGCCUUUGGACUUGAAACUGGAGAGCUAGAGGGGUGGUCCGGGAGCCUCCCGCUCACCUGAUGGAAACAGACUGCUGUGCUAAAAAUGUAUUGGUAUAUGAAGCUGCUGAUGGGGUGGCCAAGUAUCUGUUUUAAUUAGAACUGUAUUUUUUAAAAGAAUUGUAUCUGGCACUUUACAAUGCAUUUUAUUUAAAGAUCCCUGUGGUGAGGUGAGGUCCGCACUGCAUUUUAUAAAAACAUUCUAUGGCGUGUACAAACAAGGGUAAGUGGGAGAAUAUAUUUGUAAAUACAUCUAAAUAAACAGUGGCAGAUGUGAUCAAAAUGCAAAGUGAACAACUGAAAAGCCUGAAGUGACAUGUGCCUUGGACAAGUGUGUGCAGGGUGGGGGAGUAUCUCUUCGUUAGGAUUUCCCUGUUACAUAAGCCUUGUGCUCCUGGAACAAGAUGACUCCUUUUUUACAGCUCUCCUAAUGCAUCUUGGCAGAGAUGUGUGUUCCUUUUUUAAAGGCACAGAUGAAAACUUCCUCAUCUUGUACACAAGACCAAUGCGAAGCCAGAUACUAUUAAAAGUUCCCUAAACAAGCCUGGCAGGGAUCUGCAGCUGAACAAAAUAGAUUUUAAAAUAACACAUAGAGAGGAUUUGGUUUCCCUGCAAAGUUUUCUCUGUUCCUUUUGGAGAGCCCAGGUGCUGGUUGUCAGGCAGAGGAGAGGAGGAGUACACACUGUGUUCUGGGCAGGAGUGGGCUCUGCAGCCUCUCUAUGGUUGCCACAGGGUGAGGAGUGAGGAGGGAAGGGUGGAUUAGAAGGGCCAGCCUCCUCCUCCUCCUGCAUGCAGCUACACAGAGGGAUUUCUGUAGGUAUGGCAAUGGCCCAGGACCUUGGUGCAGGGCUUUUUGGUGAGAUGCUCCAAGGUACACAGAACGUCUCCACAGCUGCUCCAGAUUUUAAAAAUCCGUUAGGGGUAAUGUCCUGCCUCCAACACUUGAGUCCUGAGCAAAGGGUACAGCUGCAGUUCUUUGCUCUGCAACUUUUAUACUCUGCAGCAUUCUGAGCAGUCAGGCUGCUCAUGUCCCUGUAAAACUGGCACUGCCCCUGCCUGCUCUGCAGGGAGCGAGCUGCGCCAGCUCCACCAGCGUUGUGGUGACAGACAUCUCCUAGGCCACAGAGCUGCAGCUUUGCCUCUGCUGCUGGAGCUUGUCAGUGAAACUGCAGGGUUUUGUUUCAGGGCUUAAAUUUGUAGCCAGGGAGUUGUUUGCCACUUGAACUAUUUCAGCACUGUUGUUCCCUUUGGGGUCCUCAACUGAUGUGCUCAGAGAGAAGAGGUGAUGUUCAAGACACAAAUUUCUUUAUUCAUUAAUUAAUCUUUGCUAGAGAAAAAAAAAAAAAAAAACAGAGAAUGAGGCACCAUAAGCUGUUUGUUCAUGCUUCAGCAGAACUGAGUGGUAUUUCAUCUAAAAUAAUCUCCAUUCUGCACGCACAAUAAAAUAUAAGCUAUACUUCUGAAAUUCGAGAUGCAGCAGAAAGAAGAUUGCUAUUCUUAGACUGAUGGCACUGAAAAUGUUUCCUAGAAGAGCAAAUGUUCCUUUUUCCCAAGAAACCAAGCUGAUAGGUGCUGAAACUAAUUACCAUGGUAAAUGUAGGUCCAUUGCUAGAAAGCACAGAACACCUCUAACUGUUCUCUUCAGCUACCUUGUUGGUAAUAAAAAUACAGAAAACCAAAGAACUAAUCCAUUGCUUAGCCACUUAAUAAAAAACAAUAUUAAAAUCUA